CUCCUCACACCCACACCCACACCGUCGCCACAAUGGCGGACAACGUCGCAGACCUCAUGGCCAAGGCGUACGACAUUAUCCGCGUCAUUCCUCCAGGGAGGGUGACGAGCUAUGGCCAUAUCGCAAAGUUGGCGGGGUAUCCAAACUACUCCAGGCAUGUGGGGCAGGCGUUGCGCGUGCUGCCGAGCGGGUCGGACAUUCCAUGGCAGCGCGUCAUCUCCGCAAAGGGCCUCAUCUCGCCGCGCGGCGACGAAGGCCAAGGCGUCGCGCGACAAAAGGACCGCCUGGAGGCCGAAGGUGUCGUCGUCGAGACCCUCGCUGGGGCCGGGGGCGAGCGCGUCGACCUCCGCCGGUAUGGCUGGUUCCCCGAUCGGCGGCCGGACAUGGCCCUCGACGCGUGGUUUGAGGCUGUCGAUGCUGGCGAGGUGGCGGCGUGA